UAUCGUCGCGUUUUGCCGACCACUACAAUCUUGUCGCUUUUUUCACUGUCCAUUCAAAAGGUAGUGCUCGUCUCGCGGAGUGCCGAGUCAAAAUCGGCUUACAGAAUGUAUCUAAUCUAAUUGAAGAUAGUCGAAAAAGGCAACAAUAUCUGGUGAGAAUUGUCGAUCGCAACCGGGAGUGAGAACCUUUCAAGCCAAUCCGGCGAAAAGUCUCAAAAAACGAUUCGAUAAAGUCGGGGAAGGGUUCUGGUGCAGAAAGGUGCACUUUGAGUGUGUGUGAUAUACGGAGGAAGAGGGAAAGAAAGAAUGAAUGAAAAAAUGAUUCGUCCGGCGAAGAUAAACUACCGGAAAACGGCCGGUUACUCGAGUCUGAUUACGUUUGCCGUGUUGCUGCUGGCAUGGCUCUGUGGGUUCUCCAGCCGCCUGUUUGCGGUAAUACGAUUCGAGAGCAUUAUCCAUGAGUUUGAUCCUUGGUUUAACUAUCGCGCAACGGCACACAUGGUCGAAAAUGGAUUCUACAAUUUCCUGAAUUGGUUCGACGAAUCGGCCUGGUAUCCACUAGGUCGUAUCGUCGGUGGCACGGUGUACCCUGGACUGAUGAUUACCUCCGGUGGUAUUCAUUGGCUUCUGCACACGCUGAACAUCCCGGUGCACAUUCGGGAUAUUUGCGUCUUCCUGGCACCUAUUUUCAGCGGACUAACAGCGAUCUCAACGUAUCUGCUGACCAAGGAAUUGUGGUCCGCUGGUGCAGGACUAUUCGCGGCGAGUUUUAUCGCGAUCGUCCCCGGAUACAUCAGUCGAUCGGUGGCGGGUUCUUACGAUAACGAGGGUAUCGCAAUCUUUGCGCUGCAGUUCACGUACUAUCUGUGGGUUAAAUCGGUCAAAACUGGAAGCGUCUACUGGGCAGCUUGCGCUGCACUAUCCUACUUCUACAUGGUUUCAGCUUGGGGUGGAUACGUGUUCAUCAUCAAUCUGAUUCCGCUGCAUGUGUUUGUUCUACUUAUCAUGGGACGGUAUUCUCCGCGACUAUUCACCUCAUACACAACGUUCUACAUCCUUGGGUUGAUCCUAUCGAUGCAAAUACCUUUCGUCGGAUUCCAACCGAUUCGUACCAGCGAACACAUGGCCGCAUCGGGGGUAUUCCUACUGCUAUUUGCUGUCGCUGCACUGAAACAUCUGCAAACCGUACUCUCCAAGCAAGAAUUCAAGAAACUUUUCAUCAUCGGCGGUUUGGCUGCUGCCGGAGUCGUGUUUACCGGUGUCGUCUUGCUAACCAUGCUUGGAGUGAUUGCACCUUGGAGUGGCCGCUUCUAUUCGCUGUGGGACACAGGUUACGCGAAGAUACACAUACCUAUCAUUGCUUCCGUGUCGGAACAUCAGCCAACAACGUGGUUCUCGUUCUUCUUCGAUCUGCACAUCCUGGUGUGUACAUUCCCCGUUGGAUUGUGGUACUGCAUCAAGAAGAUCAACGACGAGCGGGUGUUUGUCGUGCUGUACGCUAUCAGUGCGGUCUACUUUGCCGGCGUGAUGGUUCGACUGAUGUUGACUCUAACUCCGGUUGUUUGCAUUCUCGCUGGCGUGGCCUUCUCCGGAUUGUUGGAAGUGUUCCUAAAAGAGGAUGUGUCUCCUAAUAGCAAAGAUGGCAAUGAUUCCGAACAGGAAGAGGGCACCGGCGAGAGGAAGCAAUUGUAUGAUAAGGCAGGAAAGCUGAAGCACCGACCAAAACAUGACAGCUCAUCACAUGGUGCUCAUGGGGAACAGAAUGUUGGAAUGGGAUCGAAUCUGAAGAGUAUCGUGAUUGUGGCGAUUCUUAUGCUACUGAUGAUGUUUGCGGUACACUGCACCUGGGUUACGUCUAAUGCGUACAGCAGUCCAUCGAUUGUACUCGCUUUCUACAAUAGUAACGAUGGCACCCGCAACAUUUUGGAUGAUUUCCGUGAAGCUUACUACUGGCUAUGGCAAAACACUGCUCCGGACGCUCGUGUCAUGUCUUGGUGGGACUACGGUUAUCAGAUAGCGGGAAUGGCCAAUCGAACUACACUUGUGGACAAUAAUACGUGGAACAACAGUCACAUCGCUUUAGUGGGGAAGGCGAUGUCCUCACCGGAGGAUAAGGCUUACGAGAUCAUGACCUCGCUGGAUGUGGACUACGUGCUGGUUAUCUUCGGUGGCGUUAUCGGUUACAGCGGAGAUGACAUCAAUAAGUUCCUGUGGAUGGUGAGAAUCGCCGAGGGGGAACAUCCGAAAGACAUAAGGGAAAGCGACUAUUUCACCGACCGAGGGGAGUUUAGAAUUGAUGCGGAGGGCGCACCGGCACUUCUCAACUGCUUGAUGUACAAACUGAGCUACUACAAGUUUGGCGAACUGAAAUUGGAUUAUAGGGGUCCCGCUGGCUACGAUCGUACCCGAAAUGCCGUUAUCGGUAAUAAAGAUUUCGAUCUGACGUACUUGGAGGAAGCGUACACCAGCGAGCAUUGGUUGGUUCGCAUUUAUCGGGUGAAGAAACCGCACGAAUUCAACCGACCGGCGCUUAAGCCCGAAGAUCGUGUCGUCCCCGCUGGAGACUUUGUGUCCCGUAAGACCUCCAAGCGAAGGAAAGGUCUCAUCAAGAACCGUCCGGUGGUGAUCAAAGGGAAACGGAAUAAGUAAACUCUCGGUAACUGUUACCAUCGACUGCGAGAGAGAGAAAGCGAUAAAGAAUAAGAGGGUGUGUCUUUCUGCGUGAUGCUAUCUGUAACUGGAAUAUCAGCGAUUUUGUGUUUCUUUUUUUUUUGUUUUUACUGAGACAAUGAAAGAGCACAGAUAAUAAUCAAACAAAUAUUACCUAUUGCAGACAAAUAAUAAGCAAAAUUCCUCCUCCGAUCGUCGCGCGCUGAUGAUCUCCACUAGCGCUGCGUUAAUAGCAUUGUAGAAAAUAAUGUUUAGAGUUCACUUGAUUGUAUUUGGUUCUUUAGUUGUUAGCGCACUUGAAGGCUGAUCUGUUUUAACCGAAUCAAUUAUCGAUAGUUCAAUAUUAACAAGCCCUUUGCUGAACGAAGAAUAGAAGAAAACCCAACACGAAUUCUAGUGGAAUUUGCAAUUUUGGCGAAACAAUUUGAAGCGAAUAUAAUUUCCAAUUGUAGCGGAAAUAAACGAGAGAUGAGAUUCCAAUGUCACUGGGAAAAAUUGCAUUAGAUUAAUCGUUAAAUUAGUAAUGAAUGGAAGAUAACUAUCGAAAACAGCAUGGAAAGCCAAAUUUCCAAGGUCUAUUAGAGACCUUUUUUCUGUUUAUUAUUUAGAACUGGCAAACUGGGUUGACCACCAUUGGUUAGUGCAAAUUUGUUCUGUUUUUUUUUGUUUCGGUGAUGAAAUUGGCAGUUGAUUUAUAUUUCCAGCAUUUUUAACGGCAAAACCAUUGCACCAGGUAUGCACAUUCUCUGGACACGAUAGGAAAAAAUUAAAAUAAA